CUUCGUUUGAGUUGGGCGGACUACAUAGCAAGCGGAUGUUUGGUAAACGUGAUAGGGAUAAAAAAGUAACUUUGGAUGGUGAUAACAUUCCUAAUGGUUUGACAGAAUGUGCAAAUGUCGAUGAAUCAUUUCGGCAGUUUUUUCGCCCCCAAGUUUUCACAGAUGGUCAGUCACAGCUACGUACUCAAAGAUCCCGCGUUCUGAAUAAUGAUAUUGACGUCUGUAUGACAAAGGAUAUGGAUUCAAAAAGAUGUGACGAGUCAGUAGGUGAGCACCUGUCCAACUCUUUUCUCUGUUCAAAGUUGCCACGAGUAGAAAAUAAACAAAUAUUCGAAGAUAACUCAAGGAAUUCACACAUAUUUAAACGUUCCCAUGAAUCCAUCAGUCUUCUUCCUAAGUCUCCUGCUAAGCGAAAGUGUUGUACUGGUGGGGAAGAUAACGAAUAUGAACAACAAUCAGAUGAACCCUCAACAUCUAAUCUUCAAUGUGAUAAGCCUGCUUUUUGUGGUUUUGAUUCAGCCUCAGGAAUUAGAUCAGGAGCACACAGAUCAGGAAAUCAUUCCUUACCUUCGGCCGCUAACUUAAGUUAUGAGAUAGGAGUAGUGAAUGAUAAUCCAGAUGACUUGCAAAAAAUAACAGAGAAUAAACACCAGUUUGAACGUAAAUCACCUGCUUUCUGUCUAACUCAUCCAUUAACUGUUGCUGAACUAGAACAAGAUAAAAAUUUGGAAAAGAAUGAAAAUCCCAUUCCAUUUUUUUCUCCUCUAAGUAAGUCUCGAGCUCCUUCUUCGGCAGUAUCCCCGGAAUCUUCAUUUGGCAACUCAGUAGUUUCAACUUCAAAACGAAAUAGCCUUUUUAUUGGUUCCGCUGCAAAACGUUCCCGUAAUGUUAACAGGGACAGUUGUCUUAUCCAGGAAGCUGUUGAUAGCUCUGGUAUUUAUAUACCUGGAGUAGAUCUACUUAUAGACGACUCUGAAUGUGAGCCCAUCGAUCUUAUAUCUAGGUUCAGCAGAACUCCGAUUUCUUCACCGAAAAUAGUUGACCCUGGUAGCACAAUAUCAUGUGCUCUUGCUGGACCUUUCUCUUCGUCUCAUAUUCUCAACCAACUAGACUCCAACAUCGCACGAAGACGUACAUCUUCGGCUGCCACAUCAUCUCUGAGUGCUGUUUCUGCUGGAAUGGAAUUAAGUAAGGCCACAAAGGAACGGUGCGCACAGUUAAGGCAACGUCGGCGAACACAGCCAGCCGAAAGGCAACCACUACCUGCUUUGCAUUUGCACCUAUCCAAAGAUGGUACAAGUCCCCUGCCUCCGGGUUGGCAAAGAGCACCAAAUACUAAGCGUUCGGCCGAUGGCCAAGAUCCAGGAGAUAGUUCUGGCACAUAUGCUUAUUAUUAUUACCAUGUCCGCACUCGUCAAACCCGAUGGGACCCACCUGUUUAUCCAUGGGAUGCCGAUCCGACGGACACUCUUCUUGGUGAAACUGGAGAGGAUGACCCAGAAGCUCCCUACAACUGGGGUUGCGCAUCGCGAUUCGCUGUCACACACGAAGAAAUUGAGGCUAUGUACAAUCGUGUGCGUCAACGAAUACUGGAACGUCAGUGCAUUGAUCUUCUGCAUGAAUUGGCAGGCAGACCAGAUGCUCCUCAGGAUGUAGCUGAACAGAACUUUGCCAUGGAACUAUUCACUUUGGUUCACAAUACGUUACGUAGCUUUCGUGAUGCUCGAUGUAAACUUGGUCGCAUUGUUAAUGAUGAAGAUUUAUACUACUUAACCAAAAAGCUUGCACAAGCCGUGAUUUUAAAAGAAAUACAGAAGUUUCAUCAAACCCAGGCGGCAAAUACUUCCUUAUUUUCAACUAUCCUUACCCCUGAACUCCCUUCAACAGUCCGGUCGAGAGUAACUACUUAUGUUAAGCGAUAUAUGGAGUCUAAGGGGGCAUUCUAUCGUCGCCGUGUUCAGUCGAUACCUGGACCAGGUAUUUCACGUCCAGAACAAGCACCCCAAUUAAAACCAGACCCCGCUCAUUUUAGGCCAUCUGUUAACAGUAGUAUGCGUUCUCGACCAGUAACGCAUCCUCAAAAUCUCAGCACGGUAUCUUACCAUACGAGUUAUGUAGAUAAUACUUUUUCUCAAUCUGCUGCCCCCAUAAAUACUACUGCAGUUAUUCCAACACGCCGCUAGCAGCGCAAAUAAUAUCCGUAACUGUAUUUUUGGAGGAUGCCUUUGUGUUGCCACUCUUCCAGUCGUUAAUUUGGAUUUUUCUAUCUACCUGUUGCUUUGAAGUUAAUUUUUCUAUUACAGUGGUGAACAACUUGCUAGUGACUUAAAUAAAUCAUUUUUAUUUGAGUCUCUUGUAUAUAGACUUACAGACUGUUUACUUUGCAAGCUAUCCAAUGUUAUUUUUCCUGAAUCAAUGCUUAUAUGCUAAGCAAUAUUAUCAAAUCUGUAAUUUCUAUGUUUUCCGCCUAACUUUUGCACUUACUUGUUAAAAGAUGCAACAGUAGGUGCGAUACAUAAAUGUAAGUAUGUGAGGUCCACAUUAUGGAUUUGUAAUAAAAUUGUACUAAGAAUACGCA